GUUUUGCAACAAACGUCACCCGUGCUAUAUUUCUAGUCUCACUCACACUGAGCUUCCCACUGGUCAUUCUACCCUGUCGACAAGCCAUUAGCACGCUCCUUUUUGAACAAGAGAAAGAAGAUGGUACAUUCUCAGUGAGUGGAGAUAUGCCCUUUUGUCAGCAUGUAAUAACUACAAUGGUGACAGUUUAUGGUACCAUGAUCAUGGGGAUCCUGGUACCGGAUGUGCAGACUGUGUUAGCAAUCAUAGGAACCACCAUGGGAACAGUCAUCUGCUUCAUUUGCCCAUCUGUAUUUCAUGCGAAACUACGGAAAGAUACUUUCACAGGAAGAAUUGUUCUGGGUUUCGGAAUCCUCUUGCUCCUUAUCCGUGCAUCAAGCAUCACUGAUUUAAAUGGGGAAGAACUCCAAUUACAGCCAAUCCGGAAAUCCAGGGUGACCGACGAAUCAGGAAAUGCAAAGAUUGCAUUAAGGAAUGGAGGGUCGGAACUGCCGACCCCAGGAUGGCUGUACCAUUGUCCGGCGCAGCGGGAGCUGGACAGGCACCUCGAUGCGGCCAAUAGAGGCACAGACCCCCUCGCUCUCAGGUGUACUGACCAAUGA